CGUACGUACAGUAUACAUCGCCGGUGGAUUAGGCAGCAGGUGGGUAGACAGACGCGACAUGCAUCCAUGAGGAGGAGUCAUGGGACACUUCCACACUCAAAUCGCUCUAUUUAUUCCCUCCUUGAUGCAUUGCCCCGACUUGUUCAGUUGUUCUACACGUGCAUGCGCAGGCUAUCCAUCCAUCGUUGGACCAUGGGUGCGCACACGCUUCUCACCCCGGUCGUCAGCAAGAUCUUCUGCAGCUCCCUGCAGGCCGCGCUCCUAGUCCGCCGCCGCCCCCCCGCCGUCACCGGAGGCGGCUUCGUCGUCACCGACCGCGAGCAGAGGGUCGUCUUCAGCGUCGACGGCUGCGGCAUCAUCGGCGCCGCCGGGCAGCUCGUCGUCAGGGACGCCGACGGCACCGCCAUCCUCUUCAUCCACAAGAAGGGAGGAGUCGUCCAAGCGCUGAGCGUCCACAACCGGUGGAGAGGGUAUCUCAUGGACUACGGCGAACCCAGCAAGCCGGUGUUCAGCUUGCAGGACCCCAAGCCGGUGCUCAGCUGCGCGGCCGGCGACGUCCGGGUCACCGUCGAACCCAAGGCGGGGAGGAAGCGGCACUGGGACUACGAGGUCACCGGAUCCUUCGCCCACAGGGCAUGCGCCGUCAAAAGCCGAGGAGGCCACGUCGUGGCACAGAUUGGGGUGAAGGGGAUGAUGGCCGGCAGGGACUUCUACCAUGUGGUGGUGCAGCCGGGUUAUGACCAGGCCUUUGUGAUCGGCGUAAUUGCCAUCCUCGACAACAUGAAUGGGGAAUCCACAAGGUGUUGAUGCUACAAAGUGGGAGCAAUAUAUGAGCUCAUCACAUUUAGCUAGUCAUGGGACCGAUCGAUAAGAUUGUAUUGGCAAUUUGUUUAAUUAUCUUGAUUGAUUAUUUGUUAGGCACCCGCUCCCACUAUAUUUCUUUCUUCUUAAUCAUUGUUUAUAGGUGAAAGUGUUGUAAAUUGGUGUAAAUUAAGAUUGAGUUUGUCGAACAAGCAAAUGGUAUGUGUAUAGUCAGUGACGAAUCUACAAAAAAAUGGACGGGGGUUGGGCUGCCUAUGUGGUGCAUACAUGUGUUGGGCUGGGCUAGCAAGUUGUUGGGAUGGGCCUUAAGACUAGUAAUAAAAAUAUUUUUACAGUA